AACUUACUUUCGUUUUACUGAAACAUAUUGGGGGAGGGGGGGUGAAACACACACACACACCCCAUUAUUUAUAGGAGCCUGACUUUACACCCCUGUGUGUAGGAGGAGAAAAUAAACAGGGCAAAUAUCAAACGAGACUUUGACUCAAACAGGCAGAGAGCAGCAAGGGCAGCGCUCAACCGCAAACGAGUGAGACGUGUAUUUAUUUCCUUUGCAAAUAUCACUGCGGUGUUAAAAAAAAAAAAAAAUAAAAAAAAAUAAAUAAACAAACAAAUAAACGGAACAAAUCUUGAUCUGAAAGCUCAAGAGAAGACGAGAGAAGCGAGAGGGGAAGUCUCGCUGCAAAAUGGGACCCCCCACUCGCCCCUCUGAACUGAGAAUGGUGCUGCUCGGGAAGACCGGGGUUGGGAAGAGCGCCUCUGGAAACACCAUCCUGGGCAGCAAGGAGUUUGACUCCCACACGGCCUCCUGCUCCGUGACCCGGGAAUGUCGGAAGGGCUCUGUGAAGGUCAGGGGUCGGCGCCUGUACGUGGUCGACACCCCGGGAUUCUUCGACACCCAGCUCCCCAAAGACGAGUUUGACCGGGAGAUCGCGCGCUGCGUCUCCCUGUGCGCCCCAGGGCCCCACGCCUUCCUGCUGGUGAUGCCGGUGGGGCGCUACACGGAGCAUGAGGGGGAAACGGUGCAGCAGAUCCAGGAGAGGUUCAGCGAGGAGGCCUGGAGGCACACCCUGGUUCUGUUCACCCACGGGGACGAGCUGGGAGGGGAGCCCCUCGAGGAGUUCGUGAGGCAGAACCCGCGCCUCCAGGAGCUGGUGGAGAAGUGCGGGGGCCGCUGCCACGCCUUUGACAACGGGAACACGGGAAACCGCAACCAGGUCCGGGGGCUGCUGGGGAAGAUCGACGCCAUGCUGGAGGGCGCGGGAGGAGGAGGAGGAGGAGGAAGAGGAGGAGGCUGCUACACCAACGAGAUGUACCGGGAGGCGGAGGCAGCGAUCGCUCGGGAGACAGAGAGGAGAGUCAGGGAGAGGCAGGCGGAGAUACGCAGGGAGGAGGAGGAGAUCCAGCAGAGGGAGGCGGGGAUGAGGCAGAGGGAGAGGGCGGUACGCGAGCAGCGGGAAAGGAUGGAGGCGGAGAGGGAGAGAGAGAGGAGGGAGGUGGCAGAGGAGAGGAAGAGGCUGGAGCGGUCCAGAGAGGAGCUGGAGCAGGCUGAAACUGCAAUGAAAGGAGAGCGGGAGAGGAGAGCGAAGGAGAGAGAGGAGGAGGAGGCGAGACGCAGGUGGGAGGCAGCCAUCCGAGCGAGAGAAGAGGAGGUGAGCCGGAGAGAGAGAGAGAUGGAGGAGCGCGAGGAGCGGCGGGAGAGGGAGAGGGAGCAGGAAGAGAGGAGGGCGGAGGAGGAGAGAGCCGGGCUCAGGAGAGAGAGGGAGGAGCUGGCCGCGGCGAAGAGAGAGUGCGAGAGACGAGCCAGAGAAAAGGCAGAGAGGUGCAACGGCUUUAUAAAGAAGAUGCUGACAGUGCUGGCCGGGGCGGCAGUGGGAGUGGGGCUGGGGCUGAUGCUGGGGGUCAAGGCCGGGGUCAAGGCUGUUAAUAUCCUAGCAGGUACAGGGUUGCUAAAUUGGACAAGACCCGCGGCAGUGGUGGGGGUAGCAGCGGCGAUAGGAGGGGUAGUAGGAGGGGUAGCUGGGGGGCUGAUCGGAGCGGAGUGUGACAGCCCUAUGGAAGCAGUAAGAGCGGUGAUAGAAAGAGAGCAGGAGAUGGAAGAGAAUUUGCGCAGUGUGAUCGCACCGGGGGGGGGGGCGCUCCUCGGAGUGCUCGGGCAGCUGCCACGUCAACCCAAGGCUAAAUUAAAUUUACACUAAUGAUAAUAAUAAUAAUAAUAAUAAUAAAUAAUAAUAAUAAUAAUAAUAAUAAUAAUAUCACUAUCAUCAGCGCAGCGUCAAUAUGAAUGAGCGUUGCAUUGUGCGUCACACUACAGUUUAAGAGGUGUGUUAAUGUCUUCACUCUUGUUUAUCAUGAAUAAAGACACGGUUCUGUUGGAAA